CAGGGCCCAUGUGUGGAACCCGCGGCUGGUGCCAUGGCACACGACGCCUUCGGCUUUGGCUGGCUCUUGGCAAGCCAGGUGAGCGAACAACUGCGGGCACGUGAGAGAGAAGUGGUGGUUGUGCCUCACACCUCGGAUUACAGGAGCCUGGCGCGGCGGCUGGUGCAGGAGGAGCACGUGGUGGAGGUGGGCAGCAGCCUGGGGAAGUGCUCCGAGAUCCUCUGCGCGAGGGCCGCCUCGCUGCUGGCGGUGGACGUGAGCCUUGAGCAGUUGGCCACGAGCCGCGCCGCGGUGCCUGGGGCGACCUUCGAGUUUCUGGACCUCUUCGAAGAGGCCCCCCGCCUGGCGGCGAUGGAUGCGGCGAGGGACGCCAAAGCGAGCGUCGCCUUUCUGGACAUCGGCGGCGACCGGCGCUGUGGGCAAGUGCUUUGUGGCAUCCGUUUGCUGCAGCAAAGCCUUCCCGCGCUACGGCUCAUCGUCGUGAAGAGCGAGGAGGUGUACAGCGCUAUGGCCCAGUUGACCGGCAGCAGCGGGCUGGGUGAUGGUUGCGUCCUCCCAGAGCCAAAGAAGCUCCUGGACUUGGACGAUGCGGAUGGAGGCGCCGCCCGCGGCUCCGCGGCGCGGCGGGCCCGGCGCAUGGCGGCGCUGGCCGAGAGCCGGGCGAUGGCGGCGGCCCAGCCGGGCCGGUGGUUCCCUCGCCGCGCCAUCGAGGCGGCGCUGCUUGGGACCUGUGAGCAAGGUUUCUGCCUGAGCCCGGAGCCGGAAGCUGGGAGCUGCAUUUUCCUGCACCCCGAGCAGCAGCCGCUCUUCCGAGCGGAAGCUGUGGUGUGCCUCUUCGAUGAGGUGGCACAUGGCGAGCGCUUGGUGAGCCGCUUUGGAACGCACGCGGUGCCGAUCUUUUGGGGCCACGGAGGAGAUGUCCUGGUAGAGUUCGUGGGUUCAUACCGGGUGGACCGUAUCCUGCCUGCAGAGCACGAGCACUACCAGGCCCCGGUGCUGCUGGAGCACCUGCGGCAGGUGCGGGCUCGAUCCCGCAGGCACGCGCGGGCGCGGCCUGUGGUGCUGCUCCAGCUGGCCGAGGCGGAGCCGCCGAUGGGGCGGCUUGGCGCGCCGGAGGAGCCCUGCCACCCUGCGGAGUGCAGCGAGCACGAGUGGCAGACCGAGAUCCGGCGGCGAGUGGCGGACGAGUGCCAGCGAGGAAAAGACGAAGGCCUGACGCCUGACGCCGCAAGGGGCUCCGGCUGCCUCAAAUUGGGCCCCUGA